CUCCUCCCCCCAUGACUAGAAAUCCUGCGGUUAAAAUAACACAGCCUCUAUUCAGAGUGCAAACUUAGAGCCGCUCGCUGGGAUUGAAAGACUUCUCAGCAGACGAAUCUGCUGGGAUGAGGGUUUAUCCGGCUUGUUCUGAUCCAUGAGUGGAAAGCAAGGUGUCUUCCUGUUUGCUUUCAAGAACUGGUCUGGCUAAACCUUGACAAGUCGGAAACUGGGGAGAUAGCAAGCAUCCUGAGGAAGUGAAAUCUCUCAGAAAUCUGUGAUGUCGCUGGAAAACAAAACAAAGGAGCUCCAGGAAGGCACACCGUUUUUCCAUCCUUUAAAAAGAAAACCUUACAUCAGGUCCGGAAGCCUGGAUAGUCAUUCUUGGACACUUUUGGAUUGAAAGAGAGAAAGAGCCUGCCUUCACUUGGGUUUUUGGCCUCUCACAUGUAUUAACUUAUCAUGAUGGGCCCAGGUCACGGGAACUUCAAGAGGUACCCAGGUAAAUGAAGUCAACACAAUAUGUUCAGUGUAGAAGACCUCCUGAUUUCUCAUGGAUACAAAUUGUCUAAAAAUUCAACCAACUUGUAUGAGAACAGAAGUGAUAGAUUCCAUCAUGAAGUUGCAGAUAGACGGGUUAGUCAAGGACCACUGAAUGGGUUCCCAACCAGCUCUGCAGCAUUUGCAAACAGCAAGAAGAAGACCAGAACCAAAAGUGCCCUGAAUGACAAUGAAAGCAGCAGCCAUGUCUUCAGAGGGAGGCAACCAGCCUCCGUCUACCAUCAGGAUGUCCCAGCUUCAACCAACAUUUAUAUUCCCGAGACAAGGUUUUAUGACCAAUCCCAGUUAAGCUGGUCUUCCUGCCCCAAGACAGAAAAAGAUCUCGCCUAUUGGAGAAGAAGAGGUCAGGAUUUUAGUGCGUUGUUGGGCAACAGUGGCAAGGGGGACUCUGAAACAAAGGGAAUGGCUGUGCCUUGUGCUUUGUAUGGACAUGACAAAAAAGGUCAGUGGGAGGUAGGAGGUGGAGGAGAGAAAAUUAGAAGAACCAACAUGCAGGAGAAGUGGAAACCAACUGCAGAUUACCGAUGGCAGAAUUUAAGAACAGAAAGUUGGGACCGGCCAACUGUAUUUGCAGGAUUUACGUCUCAAGGUGACAAGGAAAGACUGCUCCAAGAUAAAUAUUCAGGUCGACAAGUCAAUGCUGCUGCUACUUCCCAUGCUAAGGGGAAAUCACAAUCGUUGCCAAGAGUUCUUUCACCAGAGAGCCUAAGGUGUGUUGAAAUGCCCUCCCUCAUUACCAAAAAACAUUCGUUCAGUGGAAUGAAAACAGUAUCUUGUCCCCCAACUGGACUGAGCCUGGAAACUUCUAGGUACCCUAAUGCAGUGGCCCAGUUCCUUCCCUUGACCAAGCCCAAGUAUGGGAGACCCCUGAAGCCUCCUUCCUACGAACUUCAUCAACAAACCAGGGGAAGCCUGGAAGCCAAUUCCCUGCAAGAUGACUUGCGAAAAGAUGAAGCCAUCUCAAGUUUGACUAAAAUUGGUGACUCGACUCAGGAUGUUUGUACUCAAGACUCAAGCCUGGAGCCCCCAUUGUAUGUUCCCCCUCCAUGUUAUAAAUCACCAGCUCAGCAAAGUAUGGAUCAGCAUUUGCCCGGUGAAGUGCCUAACUAUGAUAUGUGCUUUAAUAAUGGCAUACAGAGUCCUGUCGAAACAACCAACUUUGUCCACCCCCGCUCCGUUGACAUAUUUAAGAGUGGAGAUGAACAUUAUCAAAAUGAACCAACUCCUUAUGACCAUAAAAGCCAUCCAAGACAGGCGGAGAACUACUUGUCUUCUGUGCAGUAUAUUCCUUUUGAUGACCCACGGAUCCGGCAUAUUAAAAUAGCACACACAGAUGGUCUUCAGGAGGAUGUCAGAGCUGCUGGGGAUGCAAAUAGGACACGUCUGUAUGCCUUCCAAGGGAAUUCUCUGGAACCAGAGUACAACAGUGCCUUUUCAGAUAUGCCAGACUCGCUAAGUACUGCUGUCAAGUGUGACCAGGUCCCUGGCAGCUCUGCACAGAGAAGCAGAUGGCUAGUAGAGUCAACCAUAGAUCAGGACAGUUGUGCCUUGCCUCUCCAAAGAGACAGUUAUGAUGCAGGUAAUGACCUGAAUCGCAAAUACUCCAAAGGCCGGCUGUCUACACAAAGCCCUCAUACGCAACCGCCAUGUGAGACUGUGACUAAAGUAAAAACCUUUGAACCUGGCACAGAGAUCCAGAGUAAGAAGAGUUCAAAGAAAAAAACAAACGAAACAAUAUUUUGCUUGGUUUCCAUCCCUGUCAAAUCUGAUCUGAACCUGCCAGAUACCGACAGGAACAACAAUGUAACACAGGGGGCUGAGGAGAAGAAUGGGCUUGAUAACAGUGGGGUUCUGCGGGAACAAAGUCUCCUAAGCACUUCUUCCACUGAUUUGGAGCUCCAAGCCCUUACAGGAAACAUGACCAAUAAGAAUGAGUUACAAAAACAAGAGUCAUGGAAACAAACGAAUGACCUCAGAUUCCUGCAGCCUGCGAAACACAAGGAGCUCCAGUACUCUGGCUCAUGGCCAGGUGAUCAGUACAAGGACCAACAAACACAGACCAGCUUAAUCGAAGAACCCAAAGUCAUGCAUCUUCUCCAAGGUUUAGAGCAGAGGGGAUCCGACACAACAAGAGCUUCCCAAGUGUUAAGGGAUGGAACUUCUACCACAAAGCCAACACUAACUGUACGGUCUACUGAUAAUAAGUGGGGUAAACAAUUUACAUCCAGUGUGAAAGAGCAGGGGAAUCGGGACAAAGCCAGCAAUAGUGUAUACUCUAGGACUGUUGUACUUAACCAAAAGGCAAGUCCCAAUCUGCCUCCUGCUUCAUGUGCAACUUUUCCAGAGCAGGAAAAGGACAGUAAUUCUGUCUUUGUGGAGGAAGAAAACACCCUUUCUAGAAGCAAGGAACUGUUUGGGCAGUUCCUCUUGAAACCUGUUAGCCGCCGCCCUUGGGAUGUCAUAAGUGAGCUGGAAAGUUUCAACAAGGAACUUCAGGAAGAGGAAGAAAGUAGUGAAGAUGGUUUAGAGAAUGAUGGCAGGCAGGAAAGAGAAGAGGAGGAAAAAAUAGGAAGGAAUGAAAGUGUUACCUUUAGGAAUGAUGUGAUGAGCCAGGAGCUGGACCAUAGACUUGAUGUGCAGUCAGAACCUCUCAUAGUAGUCACUCCUUUGUGUGCACAGAGUAAGGAUAAAAGUAGAUCUGAAAGUGUAAGUGCCUCAGAAAGUUCAAAUACUAGAGUCACGGGUGGUGAAUUUCCAGUGAGUUCUAGAUGUUUGCAGGCCAGAGAGAUGGGUGAAUCUGUCAGGGUGACAAAUGGAUACCUUUUUGCUGAACCAAAAAAACAGGAAGCUGGGAACAGGAUAAUAAAACAUUCUGUCAGUCCACAAUCAACCAAAAGAUUUCUGUCUGAUUCCUACGAUGAUGAGAAUCACUACAAUCCAUUCAAUAGCUUCAACUUAAAGGAUGAAAGCCAUGUGAAAAAUGAGAGUGUACUUGACUUUGAUAGGCUGAAGAAAAAUACAGCACCCAGGAUUAACCUAGCAUUGGAAAGAGGUUCUGCAGCCCGGUUGUCCUUAACCAAUAGGAGUCAAGGUCUUUCUGAACCUGAUUUGAGAAGUGUGGGAUUAGAUGAAGACCAAGGACUUGGAACUCAUGAGCUCGAUUGUUAUGGAAAACCUAUUGUGCCUGAGAUUCCCCCCAAUGAAUCACUCCAGGCAAGAGCAGCUAGGAUUCUAGGGAUAGAGGUACCUGUGGAGGCACUUGUACCCAAUGACAGAACAAUUCAGGACAAAAACUUACAUCCUGAUAAUUUCAGCCUCAAAUUAUCAGCUGAAAGGACACUGGGGGAUAUGACGGAAACAAAGGUGACUUCUUUUGAAGGAAGACGAAAGUGUGGCUGGACAGAAAGCUCCUUUUUUGUUGGAGACAAUAUCUCCUUGGAGUCUACUGAAGAUCAGAACCCUGGAGAAGAAACAUUGAUAGCAGAACAAUUUGAGCAGCAUGAAAGUCUUGGCAGACAAAGAGAAGAACAUAUUCCCUCUCUUGAGUCUGCUGUGCUUCCAUUUGUUGAGAGGCAGGUGGUUCCACCUAACGCAGAAAAGAAAGGCAGAAGCACUUCAAAGGUGAUUGAGACCUUGCAAGGCAAACUUGCAACCCCACCGAGCCGAGCCGCCAUGGACCGUCUGGUGAGGAUGAAAGAAGUUCACUCAGUUUCUCGUAUGAGGCGGCUGAGCAUAAAGAACACAGAUUCAGGAGAGGAUGGAGAGGAAGAGAAACAGUCUAAGGGCUUAGAUGAGAGAGGAAGUGAUCCCACUUCUGAGAAUAACGAAUUGCCCCGCAAGUUGUCCCAUGGAAGUUCUGUGUCCAAGCGCAUCAUCUCACUGGCUGAAAAUGGACUCUCGGAUAACAGAAGUGAGAGGAAAACUGGAAAACAUUCUUUUUCAUUAGAUGUGUACGAUCCCACCAGAGUUGAAAGAGUGUGAUAUGAAAACGCAUGACUUUUGACUCUUCUGUGGGACAUUUUUGCUGGGCUCCAGCACAUGGAAACAGUGUUGACUCUCAGUGUUUGGCAGCUACUGACAAAGCCUUCAUUUCUGUUGGUGGGAGGGACGGAGAAGAUCAGUGCUUCAUUUUCCAUUGCUUUAUAGAGCCUGCGUGAAAAGGCAGCAAGACCCGAGAGAGGGAGAGAAAGAAAUAACA